CACUUCGUCCUUGCGCGUUUCCAAUUGCACACGUCUUUUUCAUCGCUCAUGCAACGUGUAAUUAGAUUACAAAUAAAAGGCAUUCUUUUGAUUUUUUCUUAGCCGAUGGAGAUUCAACUGCUGCCAGCAAUAACUGCCCUCCAGAUCAGGUAUCUGUCUUGGAAAUGGUUUAAUCGGAAUUCAGCUGAUUAAAAUGCGGCGAACUAACCUGCCGCGAUUUUUACGUAACUCGAAUCUACUUUGUUCACGCUGUUGGUGGCUAGUGACCCUGAUGCUUGGCUGCUACUCUUUUGGCGGACAUUUUCGAGCGGCAAACUCUACAGCAUAUUCUGAUGCUCAACAUUCCGGUCCUUCCAAUACAUUAGAAAUCGGUUCGAGUUUGCCCAUUCGCAUCCUGUGUUGGGUCCCCAUAUCGACAAAUAGCAAGAGCAGAGCCCAACUGAUUCAGAAGACAUGGGGCAAACAAUGUGAUACGUUGCUGCUUAUGAGCUCAAAAGCAGAUCCUACAAUACCUUCGAUUGGCCUACCAGUAGAAGAUUCCUACAACACUUUGUGGGGAAAGACGUAUGAAGGUUUAAAAUACAUUUACGAUCACCAUCUGAAUGACGCUGAUUGGUUUUUCAAAGCUGACGACGAUACGUAUGUUGUCGUGGACAAUUUGAGACGCUUUCUUUCGUCAUACGAUUCUUCGAUGCGUCAUUUUCUUGGUUCACAAUUCGCUCACAAUCGACUUCUCAAAGGCUAUUUUGGUGGUGGAGCAGGAUAUGCGAUGACCAGGGAGACGGUUCGGCUUUUCAUCGAGAACGUCUACAACAAACAAUUUGACAUUUGCAUUCCCGGCCCUAAUGGCGAAGAAGAUUCUUACCUUGCUAUGUGUUUAGAGAUAUUGGACGUUCUCUUUGGCGAUACUCGCGAUCCAAACGGUUCCCAAAGGUUUCUGCAAUUAAGCCUUCAUAACCUGUACAGGCCUUGGGAUUAUCAAGCAACACUUCGGGCUUUUUUUCAAUCGAAACCAGGAUCAGACUGUUGCUCCAAUGAAACGAUUUCAUUUCAUCCGGUUAAAGAUGAACAACUUGUGGAAUACGAUUAUCUCGUCACCUAUCGCCGGUUGAGCAGUCUCCAACAGCCUGUGAACUUGGACUAAGGCCAGAUUUUCU